AAGCAGUUUGCAUAGGUAGCGAGCACUAUAAAUUCAUAGCCAUUGCCAUAAACUUUUUCCAACAACAACAUGGCAUCAUCGUCAAGGUUCCUCAAAAUGUCUCUGUCUUUUGUGUUGCUCUUCCUCAUCUCAAUUCCACCUUCUUUCUCCUCUCCAAUUCACCCCACAAGCAACGACCUUCGUUUUUCUUCAACAGCAGAAAAACUCAUAAGAGGGCUUAACCUGUUCCCGAAAGACCCCAUUAACACACUCGAGAAUGACCCUCUUUUUGUGUCAGGAAGCAUUGUGGAGAAGAGCUUCACUUUCCCUAGUCUUGCUGCUUCUUCAGAAUCUUCUGUUGAAGAACUUGGUCACCAUGCAGGCUAUUAUCGCCUUCCUCGUUCCAAAGCUGCAAGGAUGUUCUACUUCUUCUUUGAAUCUCGAAGCAGUAAGAAUGAUCCUGUUGUCAUAUGGCUGACUGGAGGACCAGGAUGCAGCAGUGAACUAGCUUUGUUUUACGAAAAUGGUCCUUUUCAGCUUACCAAGAACUUGUCUCUUGUGUGGAAUGACUAUGGCUGGGACAAGGCAUCAAAUAUUAUAUUUGUAGACCAACCCACUGGGACGGGUUUCAGCUAUACUUCUGAUGAGAGUGACAUUCGCCAUGAUGAAGAGGGUGUUAGCAAUGAUUUGUAUGACUUCUUGCAGGCAUUUUUCAAGGAGCACCCUCAGCUCACUAAGAAUGACUUUUAUAUUACUGGAGAGUCAUAUGCUGGACACUACAUUCCAGCUCUUGCAUCCAGGGUUCACCAAGGAAACAAAGCAAAAGAAGGAAUUCAUAUAAAUCUAAAGGGUUUUGCUAUUGGCAAUGGGUUAACCAAUCCUGAAAUUCAGUACCAGGCAUAUACAGAUUACGCAUUAGACAGGGGACUAAUUAAAAAGGCUGAUUAUGACAGCAUCAACAAGUUGAUCCCACCAUGCAAGCAGGCCAUAGAAGCUUGCGGCACUGAAGGUGGAGAAACAUGCGUAUCUUCAUUAUAUGUUUGCAAUAAGAUAUUCAAUCGGAUCAUGACCAUCGCUGACGAUGUAAAUUACUAUGACAUUAGAAAGAAAUGUGUGGGAGAUCUGUGUUAUGACUUCUCUGUGAUGGAGGAUUUCUUAAACAAGAAGACAGUGAGAGAUGCUUUAGGUGUUGGGGACUUGGACUUCGUUUCAUGCAGUAGCACAGUGUAUAGUGCUAUGAUGCAAGACUGGAUGAGAAAUCUGGAAGUUGGUAUUCCCACACUCCUUGAGGAAGGAAUCAAGGUGCUUGUGUAUGCUGGAGAAGAAGAUCUCAUAUGCAACUGGCUCGGGAAUUCAAGGUGGGUUAAUGCAAUGGAGUGGUCUGGUCAAAAACAAUUUGGGGCGUCUGGUACAGUCCCAUUUUUAGUUGAUGGUGCAGAAGCAGGAACGCUGAAAAGCCAUGGACCUCUCUCUUUCCUCAAGGUAUACGAGGCUGGUCACAUGGUCCCUAUGGAUCAACCAAAAGCUGCACUUGAGAUGCUAAGAAGCUGGAUGCAAGGGAAACUGACAAUGACAAAGAGUGGAGAUAAUGUCUCUCCUAAAUGAUGCACUCACAGCACAAAAACCAAAACCAUCCCUCUAUUGCUGCAUAGAUAUUGAUGUCAUUUCCUUGUGUAUACUGGGAGGGUGGAAUGUAAUUCUUUUUCUUUUUUCUUUUUUUUUUCUUUCUCUAGUUUCUCUUAUCCCUGACCAUUGAGGGAUUUGGAACUAAUCAUCUAUCAUUGUCACCAAAUCACGCACAACUUUACACUUGUAACCUGAUUUCAAUCAAAGCAAAUUUCAAUUCUUGAACAAGUA